AUUGUUUAAGAAGACUAUUGAGUCGUAUUUUUAAUAAUCUUGGAGAUGAAAAUCUAGUUCUAUAACAUUUCAUUUAGCAAACCACUUCAACAACUCUGACAAACUCUUUGCAACUGUUCAACAUUCUUUCUCAAACAGGUGCUUGAAUUUCUCUUCAAACGGUGAAAAGCUUGCUCUCUUUGCCGUGGUUGGUUCUAUUGCUAAACUUCAGAUCGGGAAAAAACCCGCAGAAUUUGAAAGGAAGAGAACUUGAAAGACGCCUACAGUCAUCAUGGAAAAUGAAGGAGAAAGAAAAAACAACUUUGUGGUGUCUUUUUCUUCUCUUCGCAAAAACGUUGUCAAAGUUCUGGAUAUCAUAGAGAGGUUAAAGAAUGAAGAAGAUCAAAAUGCUGUUGGCAUGGCCGAUCAAAUUGAAAAGCUGAAACGUCAUCUGGUAUUUAUUUGUACAUAUGUAGAGCUUUCUCAUUGUGAUUUGGAAGAGUUUGACGAUGAAAUGGGUGAUGAUUCAAGACAAGAGGUUGAGAAUCUGCUUCAACAAAUUUUGGAUGAUGUUGACAACAAUGUCAGAAGGUGACUAUGAGAAACACCUAAAAACUCAAAUUACUAAUGAAAUUACAGUUACAGCUGCAGGCGCAGGAGAUAUAUCUAAAGGGAAAAAUAUAGUCACUCAAAAUAAACCUGAAAUACCAAAGAAAAAGAAUUACAACCUCAACAAGAUAUUUUCAAAACCAUAUACACCAAAUAUACAAAGAGCAAAAUCAUUUGCACCACCCCAAAUACAUACAUAUUCUGAAUCACUUAACCAAGAAAAACAGACAUACAACUAUGUUGCCCGAAAAUACAUUGAAAAUAUAUACACCUUACAAAC